AUGGGACUAUACGGCUCUAUCUACGAGGUUCGGGAUGCGGAAGCGUCUUUGCACUGGGUAGACAUACUCGAAAGACUGGGUCAGAGGGUGUAUCCUGUCGAAGCUGAACCCCUCCCUUGGACCCUUACUUCAUCUUCGGCGAGGUCUGAGGAGAAAUUGACAAAGCUCAAAACCUGGCUCGGGAGAUGUGGGAAGACACAUAACAAAUGCCGUCUCCGGAGAAACGAGGCGGACGUGGGAUGGAACCCGACACGCCUCAUCGAAGUCGCAUUGGCGCCCGAAAUCAGUGACAACGCAAACCACCUGAAGUGCCGGCUUGUGGAACCCCAGUCGGAAGAUAUGCCCCAAAGUCUGAGGUACAUCACACUGAGUCACCGUUGGCCACAGGGCCAACAGGGAUUCCACAAAUUGACGGAGGGCAAGUUGGCGCUGUGGAAGGCUAGUCUUCCAGGGGAGAUGCUGCGCCAGACCUUUCGCGAUGCUUUUCUUGUCGCCCACAAGUUUGGAAUACCCUACGUCUGGAUUGAUUCGCUUUGCAUCAUUCAGGACGGUGAUGAUUAUGUGGACUGGAGAAGGGAGUCGCCUAUGAUGCAGAAGGUGUACUCAAAUGCAGAGUUCAACAUAUGCGCCUCAAAGAACGACGACAACGGCGGUCUAUUCUUGUCACGAAGCCCAUCAGGGCCUCAAAAUUACCUCAUUCGCAAGGAGGCCCCCAAGUGA